AUGACUGAAGGCACCUUUAACAUUUUGGUCAAUUUGAUUCGCUGUGAUAUUCAAAAACAAGAUAUUCAAAUGCGUAAUUCUAAUUCUGCUGAUCUUCGUCAUAUGGUAACUUUGCGAUAUUUAGCUACAGGUGAUUCGUUUCAUUCUCUGGCGUAUCUUUUCCGAAUUCCUGUAUGUACGAUCUCACGCUUAAUUCUCAACUGUUGUCUUGCUCUUUACUUUACCAGGAAG